AUGGAAUCGUCUUUCUGGUUAAUAUUUUCUUCCUCCCAUAACUGUCUGCUUCAACGACUCGGCAUGGGAGUUGUAACUGUUUCUAGCUCUGCUUCAAGGACUCAAUUGGGAUUGAGUGCAACUUUCUCCUCUUAUAGAUCUCCAGUUAGAAGACCGACUACUUUGUCAUUUAAAAGAAACGAAGGUACAAAUACUGCUUUGGUUGCACCCCAUGAACCACUUUCAAUUCCUGUUGAGACAACUAAAGAGAACCAGAAGAGACGACGACGGGCUAGAAAGUCCUCAGAAAGUGUUAAAGCUCUCUCUACAGAUGAGGCCUUGCCAUGUACUUUAGAAAUGGAUUACAAUGAAGCAGCUGCCAAACUUGAAAACAUAUACAAACUGAGCCCUGUAGCUGAUCUCUCUGAUGUGAAAGGUACAAAUGGUGAAGUGCGGAGAGGGAGGCAUCAGAGAAGGAAGAUCAGGGAAAGCGAGGAAAACAUGGAGAAUAAAGUUGCUGAUAAUGUAGUGAGAAAUAGGCAAAAGAAGCCGAAACGAUUAAAUUUUGAUAUGAGGAUUGCAUUGAGGAAGAGCAAGGAUAGUGGGAUGGUUUCUUCAAUUCAGCAGAGGAGACAAGCUGAGAAUGAAGAAGAUGGAAUCAAUAAGCUUGUAAGGGAGUAUUCUGUUUCGACUGACUUGGUCAGCUUGGACUGGAAGAAGAUGAAGAUACCAUCAGUUCUGCCUUCUUCUGAACAUACAUGGCUAUUCAAGCUGAUGCAGCCUAUGAAGGUGAGCACUGCUUCGAGUAAAGGAGAACUUGCAGCAAGAUCUGGGCCGAGACCAACGGACGGUGAAUUGGCAGAGGCAACAAACAUGAAUGUGGUUGAACUGAGGAGGCAAUUAGAGGUUGGUCGUGCUGCCAGAAAUAAGCUUAUUAAGCACAAUCUACGGCUUGUUUUAUUUGUGAUAAACAAAUAUUUUCAAGAGUUUGCGAACGGGCCUAAAUUUCAAGACCUCUGUCAAGCAGGGGUGAAGGGUCUAAUAACAGCAAUUGACCGCUUUGAACCAAAAAGGAGGUUUCGGCUCUCUACGUAUGGCCUGUUUUGGAUCAGGCAUGCCAUUAUACGAUCAAUGACAGUCUCAAGUUUUACGCGUGUUCCCUUUGGCCUUGAGUCGAUCUUCAUAGAUUUGCUCAAAAUGGGUGAGAAUUUCGGUCUGAAAUUCGAUGCUUGGUUUGUUGGAGUGGACAAAUGUGAUUCUCAGGUGUAUUUGAUAGAUGCUAUAAGUGAUCAGGAACACAUGAUGAUGACUGAACUGUUAGAGUGGAAAAUUCAACGAGCCAAACUAGAGUUGUUGUUUGAGCUCCAAAGAACACCGACAGAAGAAGAAAUCACUGAGAAAGUAGGAAUUUCCCCAGAGAGGUACCAUGAGGUGAUGAGGGCAUCAAAACCGAUAUCCUCUCUUCAUGCUAAGCAUGCUGUAACACAAGAAGAGUUCAUCGAUGGAUUACUGACGUUGAUGGUGUUUGGACGUGACAACCGGCGGCAACCUGCUCUUCUGAGGCUUGCUCUGGAUGAUGUGCUGGACUCUCUGAAGCCCAAGGAGAGCUUGGUAAUCAGACAGAGGUAUGGGCUGGAUGGAAAAGGCGACAGAACAUUGGGAGAGAUAGCAGGAAACUUGAAUAUCUCAAGAGAAAUGGUCCGGAAACAUGAAGUGAAGGCUCUGAUGAAGCUCAAGCAUCCAGCCCGAGUUGAUUAUCUGCGUCGUUAUGUUUUCUGA